UACCAAGAAGAGCACAAUCGCCCGAAGAAACUCUUUCUUCGCUCCGCAGGUGAUGGACGAUAAGGUGGGGGCGGCAGCGGUGGGGCAGGCUCCUGGCGAUGCCUCCGAAGAUUCUUCUCUUUACUCCAGUUGUGCCAAACGCGAUGCUGCUGUCGGUGGUUGCAGCGAUCUGCCUUCUGCUAGGGGUGGCAGCCGCCCCCGAGAACCUCACCUCAACGACAACGGCCCCCGUAAUCCCCAAGAACCACCGGCCCGUUGAGGAAGUGGAGGUGCUCCAACCGGCUGGAGGCGGCCUCGCAAUAGUCAUGCCCAUCAGCACCCCGGCCACUCUUCAGUUCAAAAAGUCAAGUAGUAGUGGAACGGACCCCUGUCACCCGGACAACCAUGUAGUUCUCCGAGAUGAGACCCUUCGAAGUUUCAACCAGCCCAUCGACGAAGAGCACGGCGCCCUUUGCGAUCAGGAUCUGGACCCCGGCUGGUAUCAAUUUCAGAGUCUUGCAGGCACUACUAUUCCCACUGGAUGCCCCGCCGUCAACCACUGCGGCACAAAAUACCCAAUUUGGCUCAGAGGAGAGAUGCCGAAAAUCGAGGAAGGAAUUAUAAAUAGUCAGGGCUGCGUGCACGUGGACGAGGAUUGUUGUGGCCACACAAUGCCUAUUCUGCUCAAGAACUGCACCGACUUCGUGGUCUACUUUUUGCAGCCGACGCCCGCCUGUGACAUGGCCUACUGCGCUGGACACAUGGUCCCUUGUCCGUUAGGCCUCGAAUCGGACACAGGAUUCACCCCUUGCCAGUUUUUGGUCCAGUUGGUUGAUGUGAAGAUUUCCGUGGACCUGAACAAAGCAAACGGCAUUGAAAUAAGGUGCCAGGCGGAGAUCGAGCAAGUAAAAGCUUUGGAGACGGUCGUCGUUGAAGUGGACUGGCUGGACAGAGGAAUUGUCGUUCACCAACAAAAGUACAUGCCAGCUGAGCAGCAGUACGCGGUCAUCCCCAGAAAAUCGUGGAAACUCGGACAAACGUUGCAGUGCCGCGCCAGGGUGCGUCACAUUUCGAUAAACACCUUCACGCCUCAGGUGCUGAGCGACGAAUUCUUUGCGGGCAUUAAAAUCCUCUCUCCGAACCCGAUGCAACUCAUCGAAGGGGGGGAUCCAGUUGAAUUGGAAUUUACAUCAACCUUGCCCGUGGGCUGCAUCAGGGACAACUGCUGCAUUCAGUUGCAAGUCAGCGUUGUCUACCCUGAGAAAACUUAUUUCUGCCCCACAGGAGAACCUUUGGAUAGAUUGGGAGUCACAGACUGUUUGUGGAACGUCUGCAAGGAGGACUGGAACGAAACUCACGGGAUACCUUUCAGGGUCAGAUUUGACAACCUCUACCACGGAAAUCAGGAGUUGGAAAUCGAACUGAGAACUCACACCGUGGAACACAAAGACUGGGCCGAAUACACAAUGCCAAAACAACAGGUGCAUGUUUUGGGGGUUGACGUGAGCGAAAAGUGCGUGUCCUCGUCUAUGAUCCACACUUUCGACGGUCUGGUGUACUCGCACGAAUUGCGCGGCAACUUUUUACUGUAUAAAAAUAAUUUGCACGAGGUGCACGUCGACUACCAGCCGUGCCACUAUCGCAAAAUGUGCAAUUGCGCUGUCAGAGUGCAAGCCAAGUAUUCGGCAUUUGUGGCCGACUAUUGCAAAAAGGGCUACCUUCAGGUGUGGAGUGAGUCGACAAACUCGGACGACACCCUUCAGGACAUUACCAUCAUUCAGCAGAACGAGGGUCGAUCUUACAAGCUGGUCUUCCCGAGUGGCACGACAGUGGUGAUCGGACCGUAUCUGUCUUUUGUCAACGUCCACGUCUUUGCCACCGACAUGGGUCGCACGUCUGGUCUGUGUGGCUCAUUUGACAGAGACAGCUCGAAUGACCUCGACUUGCCCAACGGCGCCGGCAGUGCCUGCAAGUACCAGCCACGGGCCAGCUGCGAAGCGUUCUCGCGUCACUGGAGGGUUGGUGAAUAUCAAUUAGUUGAAGUGACGGAAAAUGGACAGAUAGACAGGUCUGAUGAUGAAGAAGGCUUGUAUUGCGCCUGUCGUAGCCCAUUCGGCGACCACCUCCAACCUGCCGCCUCAAAUAUGUCCCUGACCUUUUUAGAACACGAGUCCACAAACGUGAUUAAAAAAAGAAGUGACGAUGACAUAAUUGCGUGCGAGUCGUCUCAGUGCUUCCACAAAAACGGAAUUGAAAUGUCCGAGGAAUAUUUGAAAUUCACCGCAUCUGAGUUUUUCACCGUGAAAGAUUUGCUAGAGACCAAACAUGACAUAUUGCUGCAACCGUAUGAAAAAAUCCAAGUUGACCACAGUGCAGACUGGAGUAUCCACAACGCGAAAACCUUUUGUCAAAAUUAUGUAGCGAACAGUCUGGCUGCUCAGCAGUGCGAUUACGUGGCGCAAAUGAAAGUCAACGAUAGGAUAGCCGAGUGUGCCAGUGACGUCCAUAUUACAAAUGAUUCGUCCUGGGCAGCUGUAGCCCUGAACAAUUUAAAAUACGACUGCAAAACAGAAAUUUACCGCAACUUAUCGCUGUGGGAGGAAACGCAUGAUGGGAAAAUAGUGCCACCUUCGGACCUCCUGAGUUCACUUUGCAUUAAUAACUGCAGCGGUGCAGGCGUUUGCAAAAACGGAGUUUGUGUGUGCAGCGGUGGUUACACAGGAAGUGAUUGCUCAAUUAAUCAGAAUUUACCCCCUGUCAUCUCGGACCUCACAAUGAAUCCUUGUGAUGUGCAAGAGACCUCUUGUAAAUAUGUGGUUGUUUCGGGCCCUAAAUUUGCAGAAAAUAUGGACCUCCGGUGUGGAAUUGAAGUUUUUGUUGUUAAAGACAGAGACCACACAGCUAUAUCCCAGGGAGUGGCUUAUUCGGCAGCGGAAUUUCUGAGUUUCCAAGCAGUGAUUUGCACAAUUCCGACACUUCCUGUUCACUCAGUUGGAAAACACUUUAACAAGGAUAGCACGAGAGCCCUUGUCAAAGUCAGCGUGUGUUAUGGGAAACAGUGCUCGGACCCAUUGGAGUUGUGGGUGAUUGACUCGAGAUGCUGGCAUUGCAACCUCGAAUCACCUUGCGAGCCAAAAUUACAUGGCCCAUGUUUCUACUACAACCCGUACUACACAGAGCCGGCCACCAAAGAGAACAAGACACGAUGAGAGAGAAAUUAUUAGAAUGAUAAGAAAAAUAAUUAUAUGUGUGAUUCUUUUGUAAAUUAUGUUUCCAACUUAUGUUUUAUUUAAAAUAAAAAUAAUAAUC